AUGGCGGAGGAGGGCGGCAACAUCAAAGUCGUCGUCCGAUGUCGACCUCUCAACUCGCGCGAGCUCGCGCGCGGCGCGAAACCGCUCAUCCGGAUGCAAGGCAACCAAACGCUGCUCGACCCGCCCGAAGCGGGCUCGGCACAGGCGAGCGCGGCGUCCGGGCGCGCGACGGAGCGGAAGACGAUCCCGUUCACGUUCGACAAGUCGUACUGGUCCGCCGGCCCGCGGGACGAGCCCGGGUACUGCUCGCAGCAGACGCUGUUCGACGACCUCGGCGUCGAGCUGCUCGAUCACGCGUUUGGCGGGUUCAACGCGUGCAUUUUGGCUUACGGACAGACGGGAUCGGGCAAGUCGUAUAGUAUGAUGGGUUAUGGCCCGGACAAGGGCAUCAUCCCGCUCACCUGUCAAGAGCUCUUCGACCGCGUCGACCGCAAGAAAGCCGCGGACCCGAACGUGACCUUCACCGUCGAAGUCUCCUACAUCGAGAUCUACAACGAGAAAGUGCGCGAUCUGCUCAACCCGAAGAACACGGGCAACAUGAAAGUGCGCGAGCACCCCUCGCUCGGGCCGUACGUCGAGGACCUGUCCAAGCUCGUCGUGAACAGCUACGACGAGAUGAUGACGCUCAUGGACGAGGGCAACAAGGCGCGCACGGUCGCCGCCACCAACAUGAACGAAACAUCGUCUCGUUCACACGCGGUGUUCACGCUGCUGCUGACGAUGAAGCGGCACGACACCGACACCAACCUGGACACCGAGAAGGUCUCGCGUAUCAAUCUCAUCGAUCUGGCCGGUUCGGAGCGUGCCAACUCGACGGGCGCGACGGGCGUGCGCCUGAAGGAGGGCGCGAACAUCAACAAGUCGCUCACCACGCUCGGCAAGGUCAUCGCCGCGCUCGCGAGCCAGAGCGAGAGCAAGGGCAAGAAGAAGAAAGGCGACGACUUUAUCCCCUACCGAGACUCCGUCUUGACAUGGCUGCUGAAAGACAGUCUGGGCGGCAACUCGAAGACGGCGAUGAUCGCCGCGAUCUCCCCCGCUGAUUACGACGAGACGCUGAGCACGCUCCGGUACGCGGACCAAGCGAAGAAGAUCAAGAACAAGGCGGUCGUGAACGAGGACCCGAACGCGAAGCUCGUGCGCGAGCUCAAGGAGGAGCUCGAGAUGCUCAGAGCGCGCGUCAGCGGCUCCGUCAGCGAGGAGGUGUACGACCCCAAGAUCCCGCCGGAGAAGCAGAAGGUCACCUACCAGGCCAAGGACGGCACGCUCAAGACCGUCACCAAGGCCGAGCUGCAGGAGCAGAUGGAGGCGAGCGAGAAGCUCAUGCAGAGCUUGAACGAGACCUGGGAGGAGAAGAUGCAGCGCACGCAGGAGGUGCAGAAGGAGCGCGAGAAGGCGCUCGAGGAGCUCGGUAUCAGCGUGGAGCGAGACAACGUCGGGGUGCAUACGCCGAAGAAGAUGCCGCAUUUGGUGAACCUUAACGAAGAUCCCUUGAUGAGCGAAUGUCUCAUCUAUCAGCUCAAACCUGGACGAACGACGGUCGGCAGGAUGGACAGCGAGAAACCGGCUGCUAUCCGGCUUAGUGGGGAGAGCAUCCUGGAGGAGCACUGCUACUUCGAGAACAACGACGGCAAGGUGACGCUGCACGCGUUGGACGAAGGCGUUACGUUCUUGAACGGGAAGCAGAUUGUCCCGAAUCAGCCGUACAAGCUGCGAUCCGGUUUCCGAAUCAUCCUAGGCGAGCAUCAUGUCUUCCGGUUCACGAACCCGGAAGAGAUCCGCCGGAAGCGCGACCGUGCCGAGCAGCGGUCUAAGCUCCAGCUGAGCAUCUCCGCUGCUGAUCUCGAGGCUAGUGUAGACUCGCCUGCCAUGCCGCCAGACUCACCGGCGUCGUCGGCGGGCCCGGACGACAUCGACUGGUCUUUUGCGCGGCGGGAGGCGGCGCUUGCCAAACUCGGAAUGGACCCCACGCUCGACAACCUCCCGGAUGAGGAUCUCAACAAGCUAUUCGACAAGAUCACGAAGGUGAAGACAAUGCGAGACCAUACCAAAUCGCGGCCCGAGAGCAGCCUGAGCGUGACGGACAACGACUUUUGGAGCGAGAGCGGGCGACCGGUGCCGAGCGAACUCACGGACGACACCAGCGUGGACGCCAUCCCGAGCCACGGUAGUCCCGAGCUGGACGCCGCACAGAAUCAGCUCGAGAACCGGCUAACGGCGAUCGCGGAGACGGUGGAGGCGGACGACCUCAAGGCUGGCGAGGCGGAGGAUCUGAAAGCGGAGAAGGAGCACAUGGAGCGGCAGAUGAAGAUGGUUCGGGCGCAGAUGAAGCGGUUACUGGAUGCUCGGGCGAGAGGCGAGAAUGUAGACGAGCUGGAGACCUUCGAGCCAACGCUGUACACCGCGAAGCAACUUCGCAUCAUCCGUAAGGUCCUCGACAAAUGGAGAGCACACCGCUCGUUCUCCAUGGCAGAAACCGUCCUAUCGAAUGCCGUGCUAGUGAAAGAGGCCAACGUUAUCAGCAAAGAACUCGGAAAAGCCGUGUCAUAUAACUUUACCGUCGCUUCUGGCGGGUCGCUCUCCGCCCCGGUCUCUUCCAUCGAUUCUAUCGCCGGUUUAGAUGAGUUUGGAGACGUUGCCGACCCGCAAUUGGCAUCGAAGACGCAACCGGCUGUUGCCAUCAAAGUGCUGGACAAAAGGCAUAACGCUAUCUACGUCUGGUCCUUGGAUCGCCUCCAGCAGCAGCUCCAGCGCAUGCGCAACCUGACUACCUUUAUCGACCGCCCGUCGUAUUCCCGCCAUUUCUCGACCGAAGAGCCUUUCUAUGAUGUUCAGAUCCCCGAGCAUUCCUUCAUUGGCAACGCCCUGAUUUCCCUUGCUCCGCUUACUCGGAAGUUGGCGUUUUCUGCCGUGGUGCCGAUCUUUUGCAGGUACACGGCCGAAGCAAUCGGAUCGUGUCGUGUAGAAGUCAGGAACGUCAAUAUCACGCUUGCCAGCAGACGCGGUUCGGCCCAGAAUACUCGGUCUGCCACGCCCACUACGCCGACCAUCUCACCCGGCAGCAAGCUCACCUUCGCGCUCUCGGUGGACACAGUGAAGGGGUUAUCUCCGCAUGACUUCUCCUCUGUGCAUCUGCAAGUCCGGCUCUCAGCUUUCGUGGGGCCUUCUUUGCCCGCCGAGGAGGUAUUCACAUCUUCCGCCGUCGACAUCAAUGCUUCCUCCUUGACAGAACUAAAGUUCCGGCGAAGCUUCUCCAUCGCCGUGACUUCCAAGGUGCUCGCGUAUAUGCGCCAAGGUUACGCUCCUAUCGAGUUCUUUGCUGCACUGAAGCCUACUUAUAUCGAACGAAUGGAGCGUUGGGAUGAAAUGCGGGAUCAGAAGAGCUACGUACCUACGACGAACGGCACCGCUUCGCCUCCCCCUGCGGCGGAUCCUCGGCCCGGCCCAGUUUUACCUCCCAUGCGUCGCUCAGAGACCGACUUCGUCGUAGAACAGCUACACGACGUCAUCGUCUGGCUGCAGAUAUGUGAACUCUCCCCGGAUGGCAGUUACAUACCCGUUCCGGUUGUCGCUCAGGGCGACCUUGAUCCUGGGGCUUGCUGUCUCCAUCAGGGUCUCCAGCGGAGGAUUAUUCUGACGUUGUCCUCGAGCUCGGGGCGGCAGCUCCCGUGGACUGACGUAACGAGGAUACGGCUAGGGAAUGUUAGGUUGUUGGAUGCGAAGGGACGCGUACACGAGUCGAUGGCGAAAGCGCUCAUCACGUUGCCGCUCUUGCAGCAGCAGGCGGUCGAGUUCAAGACUGAUGGAACGGGCAUACUGUCGGCGACGGCGUCCUGGGACUCGAGCGUGCAUGACUCCACACUACUGAAUCGUGUAACCGCCGCGAACCAACGGAUCCUGCUGCAGGCGACGUGGUCGGUCGCAGUGGAGACGUGCAGCGAACCUGUCGAAUUCUCUAUGGACGUUGCGGUCACAAUGCAGACCCGCGACGCGCGUCCUCCUUCGCGCUUCCUGUCCUUCCUCGGAUCCACAAAGGUCCUGACCAAGACCAGCAACGUCUUCAAUGUUCGCCUUACGCCGCCCUUGACUCGCUCUGCCAAGGAUUUAUGGCGUUUGGAUACCGCGGAGAAGUACGUCAGGGGGGAGGAAGCGCUGGGUUCCUGGAAACCCAGAGGGAUCUCGGUUGUGGAGGACUACUCGAGGCUCAUUCGUACAGAAGAAAGGGCUGCAGACGUACAAGCCAUCCGCGCCAUCCUUAAUACCAUACCUCCUCGGCCGCAGCUGGUAGAACGAGAUGUGUGGGGCUCCGAAGAUCUAUUGAGGAAAGCGAUUGAGCUAUGGCAGAAACGAUUUGGUCACCCGGGUUCUAUUGUUUUAAGCCAAGAACCCGCCGUUGAGGAGACAACAGUACUGUCGAGCAGAUCCAGUCAUUCUGACGUCGACAUCGAUACCCUCAAGCUCAUAUCUAACACCAGGUUGAUACCCCGCAGCGACGCCCCGACCAAAAAAGGGCAUCUGAUGCUGCUGGUGGAUGCUGCCCAGAACACUUGGGAGAGGAGGUGGUUCGUUCUACGACGACCAUAUUUGCAUAUGUACAAGCACUCCAAUGAGCUAGAAGAAGUCGGGAUUGCCAGCUUGAGCGGCGUUAACGUGGAAAGCAAUCCAGAGAUGGAAUACCUCUUUGGGAAACGGUUCUGCUUCACUCUGUUCACCGCGUCAAACUCGUACGCUCUUUCGGCGCCGAACCUCAAGGAAUUGCAAUCAUGGACAUCGAAACUUGAUCCCACCCGUCUUCCUAGUUAAUCAUUACGACACCUUCACGACCUCUCUUUCUGCGUUUGUCCUCUUUGUUCUACGUUCGUCGCCGUGCUUUGCUACACUACCAUCGUAUUUUUACUUCAGUUAUCCGGUUGCAUGUAUACCCUUCAUUGCAGACACGCUCACACUGGGAACCACCAC